AGUGUUACAAAACGCGCAUCUUUGUUCUUAAAAAAAAAUACAGCGAUUCGAUUGGGGAAAAUGUAAAGAAAAAUUGCAUUUAAUUGCAUUUAUCGCGAAUUAAUUAGCCUGGAAAAGCCUCUGCAGUGCAAUUGCAUAGUCAAUAAACAUCCAUGCCCAUGUUGACCGAAGCCCCCAUGGCCAGCGAGAACAUCAUGGACGAACUAGCCUCUCUGAUACGCACCGAGAUCCCCGAUGGCCGCCAGAGCCUGCGGGACAGCUACACGAAUUUGGAGCGUGUGGCCGACUACUGCGAGGACACCUACUACCGUGCCGAGAACAAGAAGGCGGCACUUGAGGCCACCAAGAACUACACGACCCAAUCGCUGGCCAGCGUCGCCUAUCAGAUCAACACGCUCGCCUACAGCUACAUGCAGCUGCUGGAGCUGCAGGCGCAGCAGCUGGGCGAGAUGGAGUCCCAGAUGAAUCACAUUGCCCAGACGGUGCACAUACACAAGGAGAAGGUGGCGAGACGUGAAAUUGGCGUUCUAACGGCCAACAAGGUAAGCUCGCGCCAGUUCAAGAUCGUGGCUCCCAUCAAUCCGGAGAAGCCCAUCAAGUAUGUGCGCAAACCCAUUGAUUACUCAAUUCUGGACGAGAUUGGCCAUGGCAUCAACUCGGCCUCGCAUCCGCAGGUGCGCCAAAAGCACCGAGGCUCCAGCCAUGGUUCUGUGCAAUCCCUGGUGCCGUCAUCGUCGGUGGUGGGUCCGCCGCCCACCACCAAGCCACCGACACCGCCGCAAAUGUCGCGUGGUGCUGGGAAUACCGGGACUUUGGGCAAAUCUGUUAGCAAUACCGGGACGCUGGGCAAGAGCUCCCGCGAGUAUCGCACUCCACCGGUGGUCAAUCCGCCGCAGGUGCCCUCGCACUAUGCGCCCAACUAUCCCAUUGGGCAUCCCAAGCGCAUGUCGACGGCCUCGUCGGUGACUACGACCACUACUGGUGGUGGAGCAGCGGGCAACGAGCGGGCAGCUGGAUACAGUGCCCUGCCAAUGCCGCCCAGCCAGCAGAUAGCCACACACGUGAACCUGCCGUCGGCGGGCAUGAUGCAAUCGCUGCCACCGCCGCCGCCCACAACAUAUGACGAUCGGAGCAGCAUGCCUCCUGCUCCUCCUUCGCCUUUGACGGUGUCGCAGCACGAGAUGACCGAGCAGAGUCACAUUGGCAUGCACACUUUGGGUCGCAACAUCAACAGGAAUCCAAAUCGAAAUCAUUUCAGCUUGAACUUUGCACGUCCCGGCUCUCAGUCGCCGCCUUUGCCACCUCCGCCGCCGCCAGAGGAUGAGCACCAGGAUUUUGGAAGACCCAGGACUUCGACGGGACCGCAGCUGGCGCCCAUAGUGCCCGAGGAUCAGAACUUGCCCGGCUGGGUGCCCAAGAACUUUAUAGAGAAGGUGGUGGCCAUUUAUGACUACUAUGCCGACAAGGACGACGAGUUGAGCUUCCAGGAGAGCUCGGUGCUGUAUGUGCUCAAGAAGAACGACGAUGGCUGGUGGGAGGGCGUCAUGGAUGGGGUCACCGGCCUAUUUCCGGGCAACUAUGUGGAGCCCUGUGUCUAAAGCCUCGCCUACUCGCUACUCUAUAUAUACACAUAUAUUCUAAACAUGCCAACCAUUACAAUAAUCUGCAUUAUCUGGACUUGUAGAGGGUCCUUGGAGGUUUGAAACAGGCUCGUUUGACAAUGACGAUAACAAUUUUGAGCAUAAGGACAAUUUAUACAAUUACAGCGAAGAGAGCGAACAGAAUUCCAUUAGCAUCAGCCCAUUGCAUUUAGUCUAAUAUAAACACAGGAUUCCCAGGCCCAGGACGAAGCUUGACCUAUUUACACUAUUUAGUAGCCAAAAAUAGCGCUGCUACGAGGGGCGUUACCCUUUAUCAACUUGAAGGCAAGUUCUAAAAGUGUUCCACGUAGACGAAUUCAGUCCAAUUACUUUAAAUAUUUGCCUAAGCCCACACACCCUCGCCUCUAUCCGUAUAUCCGUAGGUUAUAUAAAUUUCAGUUAGCUUUGAAUACUCGAGUAUUGUCCAGUUUUACGAACCUUGUUUGCCAGCAGCAAAGGAAUCAAAUCAAAUUUAUAUACACUCAAACACACACACGCUCUACUUUAUAUGGUAAAAAAUAAUAGCUAAUAAAAAUUUCAAUUACCAAACCGCA